AUGGGUUGGAAGGCUUCCGGUCUGACUCUGUCAACACCAUCAAAUGAAUGUGCUAAAUUGUUUGACGGUGCACUCCGACAAAUUGUCUCUUGGUCGGAUUGUGAGAUUCUUGGAGGCUUCAUCAAGACACUAGAGGAUAUGAAAGCUGCUGAUCCAAAAGCAGUACUUCCCCGAGCGUUUCGACUUGGACUGGAAGGCCUUGGCACUGGUACGUGCAGUCGAGUCAAUGAAACCUACAGGAACAACCUCGAUCAGGUCUACACCGACGCUCAAGCCUACGGUAAUCCAAGGGAGUUGGAACAUGCUAAAGCAGUACGACUGUGGGGCCAGGGGAAGAUGAGGGAAGCUACGAAUAUCUGGGAAGGAAUACUUGCUGAAUAUCCUACGGAUUUAAUGGCCAUCAAAUUUGCCCAUGACGCCUAUUUCUUCAUGGGCGAUGGGAAAGGAAAACGUGAUUCGGUCAAAGCCGUUAUACCGAAACAGAAAGGAACUGAACCAUGCUAUAGCUACCUUCAUGGAAUGUUGGCAUUUGGAUUCGAAGAAUGCGAACAGUAUGCAGAAGCUGAAAAGGAAGCCGUGAAGGUAGUUUUUCAGUCCUUCAAAAACAUUAAUAUGCUCAAUGUCUCUGAAAAAUCGGAUGAUUUGACUGUCUGGCGUACAUCACUAAUUUGUUGA